AUGGCAAAGUGGUUUAAAGAUUUCCCCAUUAACUUGAAAAAUGCGAAUGAACGUGCACGCUCUGCCUCUGAGUCUGGCCCUCAGACCAGAUCCAAACCCUCCUUCGCUCGGGACAGUCUCAAAGGUUCUCCGAGGAAAGACGGAGGUGUGGGGGGCCUUUUAGCUGGCAGAAACAGGAAAAACUCAGCUGCAGAGUUGGGACGAAACACCACAGGAUCCGGGGGAACGGUCUGGGACAGCUUGACCUCUGGAAAAAGUCGCAAAAACUCCAAAGUUGAAGCAGGGGUUUCACCAGAGGAGCAGCGGCAGGUCAGGAGCUCCAGUCUGGCUCAAGCCUACAUCAGCCGCAUGAUCAAAGUGGACAAGCAGCAGGACAAGAGCAGCAAACUCAAAGGGACCAAGGACAAGCAAGGCACACAGCCCGAGAACGACAAGACAAAAACAGAUAUUAAAACUACGUUGAUCAUUCUAGAAGAUUACGCUGAUCCUUUUGAUGCCGAGAAAACCAAAGAGCAGAGAGAAGCAGAGCGAGCCGGAGUCAAUGAUGGAUACAUGGAGCCUUAUGAUGCACAGGUUAUUAUUACGGAAGUGCGCAGACGAGGCUCCAAGGAUCUGCUUAAAGUGUGUGUGCUGCUGGACCGGGCUCAGACAAAGGGGAAGUCUAAAGAGGGGUCCCCGGCUCUGAACAUAUAUGACACUCCUUAUGAGGGCCCAGAGAGCGAGGGCGUGUGGAUCCCAGUGUCCCGGCCUGAGUCUGACGUGCGGCCAGCCGGGGAAUACGAGCUGCCCUGGGAGUGGAGGAAGGAGGACAUUGUUCGAGCUCUAUCAGCUCAAUUUGAGGCUGUGGAUUGUUCGGCCAGCAAAGAGAACAGUUCCAGCAGCAGAGCCCGGCAGAAGAACUGGACUAAGACUCUUGUGUCUUCCACUCCCUCAUUUCCAUCGUCUCCCAUCCUCAAACUUUCCCCUCUCACUGCCCCCUCCUCGUCCUUCUCCACACUGAAACCUCUUCCCCUGUCACCCUCCUCCAGCUCAAACAAACUGUCUCCCCCUUCUCCCUCCUCACCUGGGACCCCGCCAGACGGAGACACAGCCCGAGUGGAUCCUAGCGUGCCCCUGGAGAAGCAGAGCUGGUACCACAGCAGUGUGAGCCGGCAGCAGGCUGAGGCUCAGCUGCAGCGCUGCAGGGAGGCCAGCUUCCUGGUGAGAGACAGCGAAUCCGGAACCAGCAAGUAUUCCAUCGCUCUGAAGACCAGCCACAGUUGUGUACACAUCAUUGUGGCUCAGACCAAGACCAGCAAAGGUCUGGGCUUUACGCUGGAUCAGAGUAGCUGUGUGUUCUCGUCUAUCCCUGAGCUGGUACAUCACUACUGCAUCCACAGACUGCCUUUUAACGGAGCCGAGCACAUGACCCUGCAGCAUCCGCUCCCAAGACAACAGUGA